AUGGCACAGUCCCAAAGUCGUCAAGAUGGCCUUACACAUCUCACUUCUUGUCAGUCGGGUUGCUUCAAAGAUCCGGACACAAAUGAUCCCCACUACACCCUCUCGAAGAGUGCUCAUGCAACAUUUAUGUCUGAGGUGUCCAAGCGUCCUUUAGAGACAGACGGAGCAGUCAGUUGGACUUCGUAUACGGCUCAUUUCGUCGUAGAAACAGGACUUCGUAGUGCUCUGAACCCCACUAUUUUUGAAGGUACUCUACAUGUUCAUACGGUGUUGAAUGUCUCAAUUCGGCCAUCCCGGCCUUUGGUGUCGGGCCCCCUUCCUCAGACACUGCCUGGAACCUUGAAGGAGCAGUUCAACCAGACUCAAACACACACGGAACACAUGUUGUCUCAUGUGCAAGUACUGAUGGCCCGUCUACAUAAGGGGCAGGGUGGAAGGUCAGCAACCAUGGAAAGCAUUGGAUUCUCUUUGGCAAUUUGCGAGUUCGCAAUCUCACACAGGGAUAGGCUCCACUAUCUCUCAAUAAGUAGAGGCUUGCUGGACUUCUACCGUCAUCAGCAGGGCUGGGCUCCCGACUGGGGGGAAAACCGCUGGCUGAGAGAUACGUUCACACCUCCUGACAUCAACCCAAAUGAGCCCCCUCCAGUAUACAGACAGGGUAAGGAGACAGACCCUGGUGAACAACCACCUGGAUAUGAUUCCUGA